CUGAAUAACAUUUUCUCCCCAUCCUGCCCCAUUAAGAAACACAUUAACACAAAGGUUAGAGAGAGAGGGAGAGAGAAAGAGAGAGAGAAAGGGGGAGGAGAGCUACAUUCCAUUUUUUUUCAUCACAACCAUUUUCUCUUCCCAUUUUUUCUCAUGCUUUCUCUCCCUCAUGGAGUUUGACAAGAACUACGGAGAAAAAGAAGAUCUCACCUACCCAUCACUGCUUCAGCCCAACAAUUACCUAAAAUCGGAAAUAACCGAACAAGAAGAAGAAGAUGAUGAUUUCUACUUACAAGAUUUUGAUCACCAUCUUGAUCAGUUCUCAUUCACUGGAUCAUCCCUAACCCCGGAAUUCGAUCUCGAAAACCCGUGUUUUGAUCCGUUCGAUCCCUUCCAAAACAUUGGUCCUCUAAGUAUCGACGAUUUUUACGAGUUGAAGCCAUUUUCACAUCACCAAAAUGAAGGAAAUGGUACAACUGAUGAUGGCAUGCAGUACCCUAGGAAAACUCUGGUGGAUGUGAGCGAACCGGACCCAAGCUCCAUGCCCUUCAUCUGUGAAGAUGUUAAGCCUAUGAAUUUUGUGAUACCAGAUGAAGGGUCAUGCAUAACUGCUGAAAAUAUUGGGUAUCACAAGGGUAAUAAUGGUACUAGGAAAAAUGGGGCGCCCCAAUCAAGAAGACCAUGCAGCAACAAAGGUCGUAAGAAGUCCAAUUCAGUCAAGGGACAAUGGACCAUUGAAGAAGAUAGACUUUUAGUUCAUCUGGUGGAGAAGCAUGGAAUAAGAAAGUGGUCUCAAAUUGCUCAGAUGUUGAAGGGAAGGAUAGGGAAGCAGUGUAGAGAGAGGUGGCACAACCAUCUAAGGCCUGAUAUCAAGAAGGAUAUAUGGAGUGAAGAGGAAGACAGGAUACUAAUCCACGCCCAUGCAGAAAUAGGAAACAAAUGGGCAGAAAUUGCAAAGAGACUCACCGGAAGAACCGAAAACUCGAUCAAGAACCACUGGAAUGCCACCAAGAGAAGGCAAUACUCCCGGCGAAAAUGCCGAACCAAAUACCCACGCCCCAGUUCCCUCCUCCAAAACUACAUCAAGAGCUUGAACUUGGACGGGAAAUCCGACACCACCGCCGCCGCCACAAUUCCUCCACCGCUUUCUUCAUUACACAAAGCGCCACUACCGGCACUGCCACUGCCAGUACUGCCACCACCAAUUCACCAGCCGGAGACGUUCAUGGAGUUUUGUGUCAGCGACCGGCUGGUUCCGGAUUAUGACUUUGGCGAUGUGGCGGAAUUCGCUUUCAGCGACAAGUUGUUCGAAGGGAGUAGCAUUGAUUCUCUUCUUGAUCAGUUGCCUCCUAUCGGGGAUGAUCAUAUCGCUGGGAAAAGCUGCUUUGAUAUGGGGAUGGGCAUGCCUCUGGACAUGGCUUCCUUCAUGCAGUCUCAUGAAGUGAAGAAGGAGAUGGAUUUGGUGGAGAUGAUCACCCAAGUCAACCUCUAAACCAUUAGAAAAAUAAUCCCUACAUAUCCCAUAUACACCCUUGAAAGAUUUAUAGUCGAUCUUUGGAUUCUUGAAAGUAAUAUAUGUUUAUACAGAGGAGAGCAAAUGGUGUUUAUCUUUGUUGAAAUGUUAUGAUAUGGUUUUAAAACAUUUGUAUUAAUUAAACUAAAUUCUGCUAAUAGCUAUAUAACCUUUUUUCUAAAUUUAUUUGUUAAGGUUGUGGAUUGUUGUCAUCUAUAUGUGUUUAAUUAGUUCAAUUUUUCACAUGCCAAGGGUUGGAGUUAGAUAUGCUCAUGAAGGUUGA